GUUUUUGGUGAGCAUUUUUGUAUGUAAAUAUGCACAGCUCUGGGUGGUUUGCAAUGUAGAGAUCCUUGUAAAGACUUUUGGUUUGGCAUAUGUAAUAAAAUAGAAUUUACUUCCGCUUGUCGUUAAUUAAGUCCCUUUAGUCAUUUGCUAAUGAGGUGUUUAACUUUAAUAUGGCCUUAGUGAUGUGAUCACUGGCGCCUUGUUGUGACUAGAGCCUUUGGGGGCGGGCUAGGGUCGUGACAAAGUUUUUUGGUAUCAGAGCAACAUGCUAGGAAAAUGAGAUGCACGGUUAGCAAUGACUCACGCACGUACCCUCAGAGCUUAGGAAAUUGAAUCUAUGUGUGCUAAGUGAGUUAUAUCAAAUGCUUUGCUACAUGAUUUUCUAAUGUGUUGCUAUAUGACUAGACAUGCAUAAUCUAUAUUACUGUUAUAUCAUCUAUACAAUGUGGAUUUCCUUUCUCUUGAAUAGCAAAUGGAGCAUAGAGAUGAGCUAGAGGCAGCACAGCCGCCACCAAUGGAUAGAAUGGAAAGAAUGGAACGGUUACUAGAGGGGGUGUUGGGUGUGAUGAACCACCAAGUGCAUAAUCAACCGCCGCCACCGCCCGCGGUAGUUAUUGCGCAGCCUGUGGCAGAAAUGAGUAUCAAGGACUUUCAAAAGAUGAAGCCUCCUAUUUUUGAAGGUGGAAUUGACCCGUUGAAGGCUGACAACUGGAUUUUGGGCAUGGAGAAAAUAUUUGCUGUGGCUCAGGCACAAUGUCCGGCGAUGCACAAGGUUGUUCUUGCUACCUAUAACUUCGAGGGAGAGGCGUACAGAUGGUGGCUAAUACAGAGGGAAAGAGAGCCAAAUAUGACCUGGAUACGAUUCAAAGAGGUAUUUUAUGAAAAGUAUUUUCCACAGACACUUAAGGAUGCUAAGGUCAAUGAAUUUAUCAACUGGACGCAGGGUCCUACUAUGUCAGUGUCAGAAUAUGACAGAAUCUUCACAGAUUUAAGUCGGUUUGCACCACAUAUGGUUGAUACAGAUGCUCGUAGGGCAAGGAGGUUUGAGGAAGGACUAAAGGAUGGGCUACGUGAGCCGAUCAAACUUCUUAGGUUGCCAACUUAUGCUGAUAUACUAAAUGUGGCUUUGUUGUCCGAAGAAGAUCGGGCUAAAAGCAAAGCUAAGGCAGAAGGGCAGAAAAGGCAGACUACUUCCGUGCCAGUCAGGAAUCAGGUAGUCGGGGGUUCUUUUAAAAGGCAAAACACAGGUACAUCGGGGUGGAGUCAAGGUGGAAGCAGUAAUAGCAAUAAUAGUGGCUCUCGACCAUGUCCUAAAUGUGGAAGAGCGCAUAGAGGUCAGUGCUACAGGGAUACAGGGGCAUGCUUUAGGUGUGGGCAAAUAGGGCACUUGAUGAAAGAUUGUCCGGCCAUGACGAAGCCAAAUGUGAGAACACCAACUGCUACCACUAGUUCAGCACAGAGCUCAGGUACGAAACCGGAUAUGGGGAAGAAACAAGGCAAGGUCUUUGCUUUGGUUCCGGGAGACUCUCAAAAUGCAAAUUCAGUGGUGUCAGGAGGUUCGGGUGACACGUGGAUACGAGCAAAUGGAGCAUAGAGAUGAGCUAGAGGCAGCACAGCCGCCACCAAUGGAUAGAAUGGAAAGAAUGGAACGGUUACUAGAGGGGGUGUUGGGUGUGAUGAACCACCAAGUGCAUAAUCAACCGCCGCCACCGCCCGCGGUAGUUAUUGCGCAGCCUGUGGCAGAAAUGAGUAUCAAGGACUUUCAAAAGAUGAAGCCUCCUAUUUUUGAAGGUGGAAUUGACCCGUUGAAGGCUGACAACUGGAUUUUGGGCAUGGAGAAAAUAUUUGCUGUGGCUCAGGCACAAUGUCCGGCGAUGCACAAGGUUGUUCUUGCUACCUAUAACUUCGAGGGAGAGGCGUACAGAUGGUGGCUAAUACAGAGGGAAAGAGAGCCAAAUAUGACCUGGAUACGAUUCAAAGAGGUAUUUUAUGAAAAGUAUUUUCCACAGACACUUAAGGAUGCUAAGGUCAAUGAAUUUAUCAACUGGACGCAGGGUCCUACUAUGUCAGUGUCAGAAUAUGACAGAAUCUUCACAGAUUUAAGUCGGUUUGCACCACAUAUGGUUGAUACAGAUGCUCGUAGGGCAAGGAGGUUUGAGGAAGGACUAAAGGAUGGGCUACGUGAGCCGAUCAAACUUCUUAGGUUGCCAACUUAUGCUGAUAUACUAAAUGUGGCUUUGUUGUCCGAAGAAGAUCGGGCUAAAAGCAAAGCUAAGGCAGAAGGGCAGAAAAGGCAGACUACUUCCGUGCCAGUCAGGAAUCAGGUAGUCGGGGGUUCUUUUAAAAGGCAAAACACAGGUACAUCGGGGUGGAGUCAAGGUGGAAGCAGUAAUAGCAAUAAUAGUGGCUCUCGACCAUGUCCUAAAUGUGGAAGAGCGCAUAGAGGUCAGUGCUACAGGGAUACAGGGGCAUGCUUUAGGUGUGGGCAAAUAGGGCACUUGAUGAAAGAUUGUCCGGCCAUGACGAAGCCAAAUGUGAGAACACCAACUGCUACCACUAGUUCAGCACAGAGCUCAGGUACGAAACCGGAUAUGGGGAAGAAACAAGGCAAGGUCUUUGCUUUGGUUCCGGGAGACUCUCAAAAUGCAAAUUCAGUGGUGUCAG